AUGCUGAGGGUACUUUUCGCCCUAAUCGGUAUGUCGGUAGCCCUGCCCUCACACUCGAUCAACUCGUAUGCCAUCCAUACCCCGGUUAGCUCAGUUAGCUCCUACUCGAGCAGUGUCCAUCAUCCGGCAACCCUGCAUACCGUUCCCGUUGUCAGCCAUUAUGCCGCCGCCCCAGCAGUUGUCAGCCAUUUGUCUGCCGGCCCAGCAGUGGUCAGCCAUUUAGCCGCUGCACCGUUGGUCAGCACCCACUACGCCGCCGCUCCAGUGGUCAGCCAUUUGGCUGCCGCCCCGUUGGCCAUCAAUCAUGGACUGCACGCCCGUGUUUUGGGUGCACCCCUGUUGACCUCCAAACUGUUGAUCCGUUAA